AAAUGCCAGUCACCUGCACCUAAGUCUCAGAAUAUUCUUCGGCUGAGUUGGAGAAAGGACUGAAAGAGAUGAAGUCCUUGCUGUUUGCGUUGGGCCUCGCCCUCUGCUGUGUCGUCCAGGCUGAAUGGAAAGAAAUGACCACAUGCAGGAAACAGGAUAUGGGUCGCUGGGUGAGCUCUGUCAUUGCGUGCAAUUCACCAGACUACCUGGGGCAAAUAAGUGAAAUGACGGCAUUUGUCGCUGACCUGUCAAGCCCACAGGAAGACGUGUUUAGCAUUUCAGCCCUCAUCCCCAU